AUUUGUCUCAACAAUGGCUUCCGAGACGGUACCCAAGGUACCUGUUUACUCACUGAACGACCUCAAAAACACCACCGAUGACGCCCUUGCGCCGUACUUAACAAGUCUCCCCGAACCCUACACCUUUACUCAAGACCAUACGCUUUCGAAUGUCCGCUUCGCUCUGGGUUACUCCGCUGUCGCAAUCGCAGCUGGCAUGUUCUACGUAGACAGGAAGCUUGGAUGGGAAUCUACAAAUGCUCCCUGGGUUCUGCCAGCUGUCAUCGCGUACUUCGCGUUGAACUCUAUAUUGACGUACUGGGUGUGGGGGGUAGAAGCUGGAGAGGUAUUUCGUGGGAAGAGGAAGACGGGUGAAAAGGUAUACUUCGCUGUUUUUCUGUUAUGUUCGCGUUCAAUUGGGGACGUUCGGGUAUUGGUGAAGAUUGGCCUAGCUAACCUGGAGCUCAAAUCACAGAUAACCGUCCGUUCCUCAACGAAGAAGCAUUCUCCGCUCUACAAGAUCAAUGUCAAGUACACUUCUCCUGAAGGAAAGGUCCUGCAGGAGAAAGAUAUCGAGACGUCGCUCACCGCCUGGUUCUCAUCAGACGGUGUCUUCCAUCCGGAGCCGUUCCGACAGUGGCUUGCGAAUGAAAUCGACGUCUUGGGACUUGCGUCGAGGGAGGCAGCAAGGAAGGGGCAAUAA